AUGCCCAAAUACGUUCUUACUGGGGCGGACGGAAACCUUGGAAGCAUCGCAGCUUCCUAUGCCCUCGAGAUUGUUAAUCCGGAGGACGAGCUCGUCUUCACCACCUACAAGCUCGAGGCUAUCCCAUCCCAGACGCUCGAUUUAUGGACGAGCAAAGGCAUCAACGUCUGUGUCGCCACGUAUGACGACAUUGAGAGUCUCAAAACUGCCUUCGCUGGCGCCGAGGCCGUGUCAAUGGUGUCGACUUGGUUGUUUGGUGAAGGACGACGUCGCCAAGCAAGGACUGUCAUUGAAGCCGCAAAAGCCUGCGGCGUGAAGCGGAUUUGCUACACUUCGUUCAUUGGAGCCGGUAUCCAGGCAGAGAAUGAGGAAGACAUCCCAUUCUUACCUCGAGACCACCACGUCAUUGAAAACCUCAUCUAUGACUCUGGGCUGGAUUACAGUAUCCAACGCAACUAUCUAUACGUCGACAACAUUCCCACCCUGUUCGCGCCGUCCUGGAAAUUUUGUGGGGAGCGGUGGUUAACAAAUACCCACGGGAUGGCCGGUGCCUACGUUGCGCGAGAGGACUGCGGCCGGGUGAUGGCGGCUCUGUUGCUUGGAAAAGGAGAACCAAAUACAGUCUACGACAUCACCGGCCCAGAGGCGAUUACCAAUGAACAGGUCUUCAAUUGGAUGUGCAGCCAAUCCGGUUACAAGGGAGAGUUGGUGGAUUUGCCUGAUGAGGAAUUGAAGCAGUGGUGGCUGGAUCAUGGGCUGCCAACAGACUUCUUUGGCGAUUUCUCGCAGAUUCCCAUGAAGCUCUGCAUCGGCGACUUGAUGUGCUGCGGCGAAAUGGUGGCGGAUGGCCAUAUGAAGGAGACGAGCGACAAUGUUGAGAAGCUGACUGGUCGGAAGCCAAUUCCGUUCCAAGAGGCAUUACUCAAGUAUAAGGAGAUUUUUCCAAGCUCUUAG